ACAAUUUGAAACUUUGUUCUCCUUAAAACUUACCCACACGACAACGAAAUUAAAACUCUUUAAAGAAAAAAGAAACCCCACAACAACUCCAUUUAUAGCUUUCUUCAUUUUCUUUUGUCCAAUCAAGAAAAUAUGGUUAUAGCUGCAGACACCAGUGGUGGUACUCAUCACCGGAGACCCACUUUCGCUGCUUUCUUAAACACCGACGAAGAAGAACAGAGCCAUGAUGUUGCUGAUGUCAUCAACAAUGCGCCGACCACGAGCAGCGAUUCGUCUCCAAAUCAGGUCCCAUCUCCAUGGAAUCAGACUUACUCUCCGUACUACACCGACACAACAACGACGCCCACCAUGUCUCCGUCGCCGUGGAACCAGACUUACUCUCCCUAUUACAAGUCUCCCUGGAUCUACCAGACCCCCCGAAACAUAGAUGAUGAUUCAGACAACGGUUUGAUCGGUACGAUCAUGAGGCAAGAAGGUCAUGUCUACUCGUUAGCUGCUUCAGGAGAUCUUCUAUUCACCGGAUCCGAUUCCAAGAACAUUCGGGUCUGGAAAGAUCUCAAGGACUUCGCAGGUUUUAAAUCAACCAGUGGUUCAGUUAAAGCGAUUGUGAUAACCGGAAAUAACCGGAUUUUCACCGGUCAUCAAGACGGUAAAAUCCGGGUUUGGAGAGGGUCUAAGAGACGAACCGGAGUAUAUUCGCGAAUCGGGAGCUUACCGAGUACGAAGCAGUCUCUGACCAAAUCCGUGAACCCGAAGAACUACGUCGAGGUACGUCGCCAUAAAAACGUUCUCAAGAUACGACACUACGACGCCGUUUCGUGUCUAAGCUUAAACGAAGAGCUCGGUUUACUCUACUCCGGUUCGUGGGACAAGACUCUCAAAGUCUGGAGACUCUCCGACUCGAAAUGCUUAGAAUCGAUUCAAGCUCACGACGACGCCGUCAACACCGUCGCCGACGGGUUCGACGACUUGCUGUUCACCGGAUCCGCCGACGGAACUUUGAAAGCGUGGAAACGCGAGCUUCAAGGGAGAGGGACGAAGCAUUUUCUGGCUAACGUGUUGAUGAAGCAAGAGAGCGCCGUGACGGCGUUGGCGGUUAACUUAACGGCGUGCGUUGUUUACUGUGGAACUUCGGACGGUUCCGUUAAUUUCUGGGAAGGGAAGAAGUACCUUUCUCACGGCGGGAUUCUCCGGGGCCACCGUAUGGCGGUGCUCUGCCUCGCCGCCGCCGGGAGUCUGGUGCUGAGCGGAGGAGCGGAUAAGAACAUUUGCGUGUGGAGGAGGAACGGUGAUGGGACGCACUCGUGUCUCUCGGUGUUGACGGACCACGCGGGACCGGUCAAGUGUUUGACGGCGGUGGAAGAGGCAGAGGAGAAAGGAGACGGGAGAUGGGUUGUGUACAGUGGAAGCUUGGAUAAAUCGGUGAAGGUGUGGCGCGUGACGGAGACUGCGCCACAGGUGAUUGGCUGAUAUGCUACGAGGAGGAGGGGAGAUUACGCGCCGUCUUAGCGCGUGGGAUGAGACUACGGGAAAAAAAGAGAGAAUGUUCCGCGGGAUAUGUGGUUCUUGUCUUUGUGGUCAAGACAAGUUUUAUGGCCGGCAAACGGAAGCAUAUCUUACGACCAAUUAAAGACACCCACGUCAUUAAAGUAUCUAAAAGGUUUAGAUUGGUCUUAUUUUUUUUUUGUCGACGAUUAGUCCUCUAUUUUAUUCGAUUCUUCAUUGUUAACUGCACAUAUUUGAAUUCUGUCUGAAAAGAAACAUAACAGUGUGGGGGAGGAAUGAUUCUGCCAACCAAACCCCUAUAUUAUUCCAUUUUGUUAAAAUCAAAUUUAUUUGUAUUUCAUAUGGAAUUCGAUCAAAAUGCAGUGUUGGUCAAUUUAAAACUGAUAUUGUAUAAUAUAAAAUUUGAAUAUUAGACCUGUAAUGUGUACGUUAAGUUGA